GCACGUCUGUACCCGGAGAAGGAAGCCGGGUACCUGACGUUCCCUUCUCCACGGGUCCAUUCAGCCCGCUGCACAUCUCGGAUAUUGUACUGCCUCCGCUCCUCUCUCAGUUUUAUCUACAAAGUGAAUUUGGCUCAAAGAUGUCUCAGAAGAUCAAGGCCGGUGCAGUGGUGGAGAUGCAGGGAGAUGAGAUGACCAGGGUCAUUUGGGAGCUCAUCAAAGAGAAGCUCAUCCUCCCCUACCUAGAACUGGACAUGCACAGCUUUGACCUGGGCAUGGAAAACCGAGAUGCAACAAAUGACCAGGUUACCAUAGAGGCAGCGGAGGCAGUGCGUCUCUACAAUGUGGGAAUCAAGUGUGCCACCAUCACCCCAGACGAGAAGAGGGUGGAGGAGUUCAAACUGAAGCAGAUGUGGCGUUCUCCUAAUGGGACCAUCAGGAACAUUCUGGGAGGGACAGUGUUCAGGGAAGCCAUUAUCUGUAAGAACAUCCCCCGCCUGGUGCCCGGUUGGAUCAAGCCCAUCAUCAUUGGCAGGCACGCCCAUGGAGAUCAGUACAAAGCCACAGACUUUGUGGUGCCUGGGCCCGGGAAAGUUGAGAUGACAUACACACCCACUGAAGGAGAGCCAGUCAAGUUUUUAGUUCAUGAUUUUCAAGGCACAGGUGGUGUUGCUUUGGGUAUGUACAACACUGAUAAAUCCAUCAGGGACUUUGCGCACAGCUCUUUCCAGAUGGCCCUAAACAAAAGCUGGCCUCUUUACCUCAGCACCAAGAACACCAUCCUUAAGAAGUAUGAUGGCCGAUUUAAGGACAUCUUCCAGGAGAUCUAUGAGAAGGAAUACCGAGCUCAGUUUGAUGCUAAAGGGAUCUGGUAUGAGCACAGACUGAUUGACGAUAUGGUUGCCCAGGCCAUGAAGUCUGAAGGGGGUUUUAUUUGGGCCUGCAAAAACUAUGAUGGAGAUGUGCAGUCCGAUUCAGUUGCUCAAGGUUACGGCUCCCUGGGUAUGAUGACCAGUGUUCUGAUCUGUCCUGAUGGUCGAACAGUAGAGUCCGAGGCGGCUCAUGGUACAGUGACUCGACACUACAGACAGCACCAGCAGGGCAAAGAAACUUCCACUAACCCUAUAGCCUCAAUCUUUGCCUGGACACGAGGACUGCUCCACAGAGCCACGCUGGAUAACAAUAAGGAGCUGAAGUAUUUUGCAGAAGCUCUGGAAGCAGUUUGCAUUGAAACUAUUGAAGCUGGUUUUAUGACCAAAGACUUGGCGAUCUGCAUUAAAGGGCUGCCAAAUGUGACACGUGCCGACUACUUAAACACCUUUGAAUUUCUGGAUAAACUGGCUGAGAACCUGAAGGCGAAGAUGGCCAACCAGCCCAAGCUGUGAUCAUACUCAUACAAUAGAAGGACACACAAAUCAAGAUCAUCCACACAUUAACAUCAUUCCUAGAGCUACAAACCCAUGGUGAAACUGAGAUCAACUCUGAGACUGAGGAAGAAAACCGUCCAGCAAACAGUGCCUUGUCCAGAAGAAGAGGAAAGAGAGGUGACUACUUAAAGCCCAAUGUCCUGGUAUACCUCAUAACUGUCACAAAACCAUCACAAGGGGACCCAUUUUAAGACCUGAUUCCAUUUUGGAAAUAUCUUGUUCACUGUCUGUUUCAAAUUGGAUAAAAUGACUGAUAAUGUAAUAUCUAAAAAUACACUACAUUAUCCUUAAUAACUUUUGUCAGUGCCAUAGAUAUACAAACCGAUUUGGUGUAUUUUUUAACACUGUUUACAAAGCAUUACUAGCACAGACAAUGUGACUUGCUUUUAAACUGUUGAUAUUUAUUUGUCCUUCAUUAUUUGGUUGUAUGUAUGUGUAAUAUGCAGUAUCUCUGUAACUCACAACCUGCCAUAGAAGUGUCCUCUUGUCCCAACUCCCGGUAUGUAAACAAAUUUAUUGCAAUUUCUGAUUAUUGCCUCAUAAACGUUUAUUUGUUUGUUUGUUGUCUUUUCUGGUUUUACAUAAUAUGAUGUAACAAUAACUUUGUUUUACUAAGAAGCCAUUGCAGUUUAGUUUUUUUAUUUCAAAUGAGAAAAAGUGCUAACAAUUCAGUACAAUAAAAUGGAAACAGAAAGCAAAA